AAGUCGAGUUGGAUCAAAACGAUUUUCCCAGUCUGAGUUCUUUUUUGGGCUAGUGAAUGACUAGCUACAGAUUGUAUGCUAGAUAAUGUGAUAUAACCAAAUAUUUUUGGUGACCAUUACUGGGUGGCAGGUAGCCUAGCGUGUUAGAAUGUUGGGCCAGUAACCAAAAGGUUCCUAGUUUGAAUCUCCUCACUGACAAUGUGAUACAUUUGUCGAUGUGUCCUUGAGCAAAUCUCAACACCCUAAUUGCUCCAAAGUCGCCAUUGAUAAUGGCAAACCCUGGCUGUGACCCCACUCCAAGGGUGUCUCAAGGAGAGUUGGGAUAUGCAAAAACACAUUUCCAAUUCACACCUGUAUAAUACACACUUGUACAUGUGAAUUUGGAUAAAUAUAAGCACCCACCAAAUUAUUAUUAUAAAUAAAUGGCCGCUAUAGCUUAAAAAAAACUGCGAUAACUCAAAGAUAUUAAAUCUAUGUUUUGCACCAUGCAAGGAGGUUCCUCGCCAUCUUAGCUGCUGCACAUCUAGAGCAUUUCCCAGCAUCUUUGCAGGAACUAGGGUGUAGUCAUUUCUAUGCGUCACAGCCAUGUGUAGAAGUAAAUGUCUGCUCGUCACAAUGCGACCAAAAUAAAUAUCUACACACAUACAAGAGACAUAUCUCACCCAAUAAAAAACCUGGAUUUAAUAUCUUUCUGAAUUGUCUAUGUUUUUUGUAGAACCACCUGCAAUUGGAAAUGGACAUUUCUAAGACACUUCAUUCUCGAUUCGGUGAAAAAAUAUUGCCAAGAACAGGUUAGUUAUAAAAAUCUAUGGCGGUGGUUUGUAUGGGGCUUUCCUGUAACAGCCAAUAAUGGACACCACAAAUCUUUGGUUAUAUCACAUUAUCAGGCAUACAAUCUGUAGCUAGUGAACAACAUUACACCUGGGGUGCGGUCAGUAUGACAGAACGAUAUUCAAAGUUUAAUUAAACAGAAACGGUUUUAUACAGAAGGACCAGGAUUUUAGCAAUUUCAAAUGACCACAUCUUGCCACAUCCACCAAAUGGGAGCAAAUGUACUUCAAAGGCUGUUAAAAAACGGUGCACGCUGUUUGGGGGAAAUGUGUCAUUCAGUACUACAAACUGUCACGAAACGUAGCGUUAAAUCGAACUAAGGGCAGCCCAGGGGUGUAUUCAUUAGUCGGACACUAUUGCAAAACAUUUUGCACCAAAACAAGAUGAUUUGCAAUGGAAACCUAUUAUAUUCUAGAAAUGACCUGUGUGAUAUGACAAUGCUGAUAAGCUGUUGCACUUUCAAAUGAAUUGUGUAUUGAUUUAAUUGUUUUGUAUUACCUCUUUAACUAGUUGCCAUACAGAGAGAUUUGUGAUGUAGCUACCAGUUGGUGGGAGUUGGCAACAGUCAAACAAUGGAAGAUGAUUCCCCGACUCUGAAACCCAGGCACAUCCAGAACCAGAAUGUGGUCCAUCGACUGGAGCGGCGGCGGAUCUUCUCUGGCCGGGCUGCAGCCCACUGGUACCGCGGGCGCUGCUUCCACCAGAACCUUUUCCCAAACUUCACUGUGGUAAAUGUAGAGAAGCCUCCUUGCUUCCUACGCAAGUUCUCCCCAGAUGGACGCUGCUUCAUAGCCUUCUCCUCUGACCAGACCUCCCUGGAGAUCUAUGAGUACCAGGGCUGCCAUGCAGCGGAGGAUCUGCUGCUGGGGCAGGAUGGGGAGACCCUGGCCAACGGCAAUGACCAGCGCUCCCUCAACAUCCGCGGCCGCCUCUUUGAGCGCUUCUUUUCCCUCCUGCAUGUCACUAACGUGGCCUCCAAUGGAGAGCACCUGAACCGAGAGUGCAGCCUGUUCACAGAUGACUGUCGCUAUGUGAUCGUGGGCUCAGCGGUCUACGUGCCCGAGGAGCCCUCUCCACACUUCUUUGAGGUGUACCGCAACAACGAGUCUGUUACUCCCAACCCCCGCUCUCCUCUGGAGGACUACUCACUGCACGUUAUUGACCUGCACACUGGCCGGCUUUGUGACACCAGGUCCUUUAAGUGUGACAAGAUCAUCCUCUCGCACAACCAGGGACUCUACCUCUACCGUAACAUACUGGCUGUUCUUUCUGUUCAGCAGCAGACAAUCCAUGUCUUUCAGGUGACAUCAGAGGGGUUGUUUCUGGACGUGCGGACCAUCGGUCGUUUCUGCUACGAGGACGACCUCCUGACUCUGUCUGCGGUGUACACUGAGGCCCGGGCCGAGGGCCAGCCAGGCUUCUCCCGCCUCUACAAGGAAAAGACCAUCAACUCCCUGAAGCACAGACUACUAGUCUACCUGUGGAGACGGGCUGAGCAGGACGGCAGCGCCACCGCCAAGCGACGCUUCUUCCAGUUCUUUGACCAGCUGAGACAGCUGAGGAUGUGGAAGAUGCAGCUGCUGGAUGAGCACCACCUCUUCAUUAAAUACACCAGCGAGGAUGUGGUCACCCUGCGAGUCACUGACCCCUCCCAGCCCUCAUUCUUUGUGGUGUACAACAUGGUGUCGACAGAGGUGUUGGCGGUCUUUGAGAACACUUCUGACAAACUUCUGGAGCUGUUUGAGAACUUCUGUGACCUGUUUCGGAACGCUUCGCUCCACAGCGAAGCUGUUCAGUUCCCCUGCUCAGCCUCCAGCAACAACUUUGCACGGCAGGUUCAGAGAAGGUUCAAAGACACCAUAGUUAAUGCAAAGUAUGGCGGUCACACUGAGGCGGUGAGGAGGCUGCUGGGACAGCUGCCCAUUAGUGCUCAGUCCUACAGCAGCAGCCCCUACCUGGAUCUUUCCCUGUUCAGCUACGAUGACAAGUGGGUAUCUGUGAUGGAGCGGCCCAAAACAUGUGGAGACCACCCCAUCCGAUUUUAUGCUCGGGACUCUGGAUUGCUGAAGUUCAAGAUCCAGGCAGGCCUGCUGGGCCGGCCCAUUAACCAUGCCGUCCGGCGGCUGGUGGCCUUCACAUUCCACCCCUUUGAGCCGUUCGCCAUCUCAGUACAGAGGACCAACGCUGAGUAUGUGGUGAAUUUCCAUAUGCGGCACGUCUGCGUAUGAGAGGAAAGCAGUGGACUAGACAGCGGCCAUUCUGCCUUUUUCUCUCCCCCUAGUGUGAGGAACAAAAUAAGACUGGACUGUGGGAGGAUCCAGUUGAAGUUGAAAUGGGGAGCUUGGGGAUUCCUUUCAAGACCAAAUAUGUUUUGGCUUCCUCUCAAAAUCUGCUUUUCCAUAUCACCACAUACCUUUGUUUUUGGUCAAAUUUUAUUCUUACACAUGUAUUUUUAUUUUGUGUUUUAUUUCAAUAAGUGAUUUAAUCAUUGAUUGUGAUUCUUUAAGGUUAUUAUGAAUAUUUUGCUACAGUAAAAGCUAUUUUUCAUAAUAUGCUUUGCGGAGUGGACCUAGUUAUUAGCCUGAUUGCCCCCUUGUAGCUCAGGGGCCUCAUUUAUAUAACCGUUCUACACUAAAUAUCUGCGUGCGGCAUUUCUGAAAAGGUUGCGCACGUACAAAAAUAUAUGUAUGUUUCCAGUUAGCUUUGGGACAACAUUGUGAGACACAGUCUUUAUAUUGGUUGCACUCCCUGAGUUGUGCAUCGUUCUGGUGGGUGGUGACGGAAAAUAACCCUAACACAAUUUAGCUGGCUUCACCAAAACAUUACGUUUCCUGUAAAAGAAAACCAUAUGUAUAGUCUCUAGAAUCUACUUACCAGAAGUAAAGUGAAAUGUGUCACUCGCUAUCAAAUAAACAUCUGAAUCAAACUUUUGUUCAAACCACACCAUAUUCCUGCUGUGUAAACAGUGUUAGAUUUUGUGGUAGGAAGUCUCGCAUGAAGAUCUAAUGGCAGCCCGCUGUCUAAUUUCGCAGGAAUAUGGUGCGGUUUGGACAAAAUUUGGAUCCUGAUGUUUAUUUGACACAAUUCACUUUAGUAAAGUUCCUGGAGCUGGGUUCUCCAACCUAUUCUAACAUGAGAGCUACUUAAAAAAAGGAACUUAUUUUUUUUAACAUGUCAUGAGUUACUCUUUUUUUUUUUAUAGCAUUCAAAUAAGCACAUCUUCUCUUCUCCUCUCCCCUGCAACUCUUCCCAGGUCCUUAGUGUACAAGAGAAAGUAGUGCAUGUUAUUUUGUCAAUAUACCUGGUAAAAUAAUGGUUAAUAAACAACUGAGUGGGGCCCUAUAAAAUAAUAUUUUUUCCCUCAAAUUCUGUUUUAUAUUUUCCCAAGUUGUUUUCUGAGUUUUAUUUUUCCUGGUUUUAGAUUGUUUUAAUGUACUCUCAAAAUUUCAAUUGUUUAUAGAGAAACAACGAAAUUUGAUGUUCUGAGUCAAUGUCAAUGAUUAAAUCACAUCUGAAGACCA